GGGGGGGGGUUCUGUAGGCAGAGUCGCUUCCGCUCCAGGUACGCGAGGCCGCGGCCUUCGUUCCUCCGCGAAAGGUAUCCGCCUUUGCCUGGGAAAAGGAGGAGAAAAUGAUCAAGUUCCAGGAGCCGGUGAUGUUCAAGGAUGUGGCCGUGGUCUUCAGUGAGGAGGAGCUGGGGCUGCUGGGCCCCACCCAGAGGAAGCUGUACCGAGACGUGAUGCUGGAGAACUUCCGGAACCUGGUCUCUGUGGGGAAUCAGCCCUUCAAACCGGAGCUUAUAUCCCAGUUGGAGAGAGAAGAAAAGCUGUUGAUGAUGGAGACAGAAACCCAGAGAGAUGGGUGUUUAGGAGCCAAGAGUCAACAUAAUAUGGAGAGUAGUCAAGCAGUGGGAUUAGGCUACAUUUCCCCCAAAGAGCCUUCUUCCCGGAAGACCUGGCAACAGAGUACAGGCGGGUUAACCAGGUGUCAAGAUGCCAUGAAAAAUUUUCAAAGGAAUAUUUCUCAGUUGCAAAACCGAGGUGAUUUCCCCUGCCAGGUUUGGGCAGGAGUGCCAGUUCAUGUUCCCGAAGAUGAGAACUAUAUAUUGACUCAUAUAGAGGAUGUUUCCAGUUGCGUAAAAAGUCAAGAAUUUCCAUCUUGGAGAGCCCAGCAUUCUUGGAGGAAAAUGUAUCUGGCAGAGUCACAUAAUUAUCAGUGUAGGUGUCAGCAAAUUUUGAUGAAAAAUAAUUUCCGUAAGUGUGACAGCACCAGUUGGAUCACGCCACACAAUGAUAAUCUGGGAGUACACAGAUCAGAAAAAGUUUACAGCUGCCAUGACUGUGGAGAAAACCUCAUGAAGGUUUCACUGCUUAAUCAAGACUUAAUCAAAAUGGGGCAAAAGCCCUACUCCUGUAAUGAGUACAGAAAAGCCUUCAGUGACGACUCCAACUCUGAAGUUUAUCAGCAGUUACACUUAGAAGGGAAAACCCAUACCUACAGUCCAUGUGGAAAGGGCUGUAGUUAUAGUUCAGUUCUUCAUAUUCAUCCAAGUGUUCAUAGAAGAGAUGAUUGUGUUUUUGAGAGUUCACCUCUGCAAUCCCAUCAGAGAGUACAUACAGAAGAGAAGCCAUAUAAAUGUGGAUAUGGUGAGAACUUCAGUCAGCCCUCCUCUCUCAACACUUGUGGACUUAUUCACACGGGACAGACGUCCUAUAGAUGCAAUAUUUAUGAGAAAGCCUUCAAUCAUAGCUUAGACCUUAAUAGUAUUUUUAGGAUCCAUACUAAGGAGAAACCCCAUGAAUAUGAGGAGAAUGGGGAUGUCUUUAAUCAGAGUUCUUGUCUCCAAGUCUACCAGAAAAUCCACACUGGAGAGAAACUAUACACAGAUGUAGAAUAUGAGAAGGGUUUUCUUUGUAGCUCAAAUCUUAACAUUCAGCAUAGAGUUCACAUGGAAGAGAUUCCUUAUAGUUCUGAGGAAUGUGGUAAUAACUUCAGUCUGGACUCACAUUUGCAGGACCUUCAGAUAGUCCAUACUAGGGAACAACCAUAUAAACAUUAUGCAUGUGGUAACAGCUUCAGCCAAAAUUCAUAUCUUCAAGGCCAUCAGAAAAUUCACAUCGGAGAGAAAGCUUACAAGGACUGUGGGAAUGGCUUCAGUUGGAGUUCAAAACUUAAAGAUCAUCAGAGAGUCCACACUGGAGAGAAACCGUACAAAUGCAAUGCAUGUGGUAAAGGCUUCAGUCAUAGAUCAGUUCUUAAUGUUCACCAGAGAGUCCACACAGGAGAGAAACCUUAUAAAUGUGAGGAGUGUGAUAAGGGAUUCAGUCGGAGUUCAUACCUUCAAGCCCAUCAGAGAGUCCACACUGGAGAAAAACCAUACAAAUGUGAAGAGUGUGGGAAGGGCUUCAGUCGCAAUUCAUACCUUCAAGGCCACCAGAGAGUUCACACUGGAGAAAAACCAUACAAGUGCGAGGAGUGUGGGAAGGGCUUCAGUCGGAGUUCACACCUUCAAGGCCACCAGAGAGUUCACACUGGAGAAAAACCAUUCAAAUGUGAGGAGUGUGGGAAGGGAUUCAGUUGGAGCUUUAAUCUUCAAAUUCAUCAGAGGGUUCAUACAGGAGAGAAACCCUAUAAAUGUGGAGAAUGUGGUAAGGGCUUCAGUAAGGCCUCAACCCUCCUGGCCCACCAGAGAGUCCACACAGGAGAGAAGCCAUACCAAUGUGAUGAGUGUGGUAAGAGCUUCAGUCAGAGAUCUUAUCUUCAAAGCCAUCAGAGUGUCCACACUGGAGAGAGACCAUAUAUAUGUGAGGUAUGUGGGAAGGGCUUCAGUCAGAGAGCAUAUCUUCAAGGUCAUCAAAGAGUUCACACUAGAGUGAAACCAUAUAAAUGUGAGAUGUGUGGGAAGGGUUUUAGUCAGAGUUCACGUCUUGAAGCACAUCGGAGGGUCCACACAGGAGGGAAACCAUACAAAUGUGAGGUAUGCACAAAGGGCUUCAGUGAGAGUUCACGUCUUCAAGCGCAUCAGAGGGUCCACACAGAAGGGAGGCCCUAUAAAUGUGAACAGUGUGGUAAAGGUUUCAGUGGGUUUUCAAGUCUUCAAGCUCAUCACAGAGUCCACACUGGGGAAAAACCAUACAAAUGUGAGGUGUGUGGAAAGGGCUUCAGUCAGAGAUCAAACCUUCAGGCUCAUCAGAGAGUCCACACAGGAGAGAAACCAUACAAAUGUGAUGCGUGUGGUAAGGGUUUCCGUUGGAGCUCAGGUCUACUUAUUCAUCAGAGAGUCCAUAGUGGUGACAAAUUCUAUAAAAGCGAAGAGUAUGGUAAGGAUUAUCCUUCAUCAGAGAAUCCAUACAGAAGUGAAGAUCUAUAAAACCGUUAUAUUUGUUUUGAAGUCCUCAAAUGGGAACUGAAAUUUUCCACUCCCUAGAGUUCUUAUAGUAGACAAAAUUCCUUUCAUGAAAAUAAUGUUUCUGCCCAGCCUCAACAUUCACGAUAGUCAGGAGACCACACUAUGGAGACAUCUAACAAGAGAGUCUCCGUAAGGGGUUUUCUCACAAUUUUAAGAUUCAUUGCACGUGACUUUAACUAUCAUUGUACUAGGGCUUAUAAAAGACCAGAGGAACGAAAGUACAGUGAAGAGCGUGCCUAAAUCUAUGUUUACUCUAAUGUAAGCUUAAUGAGAAAAGGGGCUUCACUCAUUUACUGAGUUUUUAAAACCAUGACAUUGCAUAACUCAGUGUAGGUGCUCAGUACUUUUUACUAAAUGGCUAAAAAUGUAUAAAAGUAUCAUGUUUGAAAAUUUUAUUAAGCUUAUGUACCCCAAAAAGAUCAUUUAAAAAUGUAUUUGGAGGAGGAAUCCUGCAAGUAACCUUAACAUAAGCACUUCAAGUGGGAAAAUAUUUGAAAUGUAGAAUAUCAAGCAAUAUUGUCAUCUGAAAUUACACGAAUUGGGUUGUAACCCUGUUGGGAUUGGUUCCCAUCCUUUGUCUUGUCUUAAACAGGGAUGAGCUGAAUUCUUAUCAUUUGGUCUCUUUCUAUACAGUAUUCCAUCAGUUUAAGUUUAGCGCUGUGUGUGUGUGUGUGUGUGUGUGUACCCAUAUGUGCACUUUAAAUGACAGUACAAAUUGAUAAACAAUGUUUCUGGUUGCACUGCAUUUUACAUAAUUGACUUUUUACUCCUGCCGUGUGUGUUAAGGCAGAGUUUUCCUGUAAUAUUUGCAAAGUGUCAGAAAUGGUUGCUAAUGAAAAGUACUUUCUUAAUAAAUGUCAAAAUUACAAUA